AAAAUGAUUUUAUAGAGAGAAAUUAGGAAAAUGGCUCCAAAGCGUUCAGGUAAGAAGAAGAAGAAGGUAAUAGGCACAGUGUUGAGGUCUACAAGAAGAAUUAUCAAAGAAACUGUGGAAGUCUCUGUUAUUGAAGGAGACCCUCAAGAAUCAACUCAAGAAUAUCAAAGUCAAGAAACUGAAGAAAUUGCUGCUAAUAAAGAACCUUUUAUCAGAACCAUUCCUGUUGAAGAAGGUGUGCAUGAACGAGAUGAUAAAGAAAAUGAAGAAGAAGCCAUCGAAAUUUCUGAAGAAGACAUUUCCUUAAGAGAUCAAGAAGAUUUUUCAAAGAAAGGCUCUGCUUCUAAAGAAAAUUUACAAGAACAAGAAGAUUUAUCCACCAAAGACACUACUGGUGAAGAAAAUGUUCAAGAACAAGAAAGGCCGAUCAAGAAAGAAGAAAAAGAAAAAACCCAACAAGAGAAAGGACAAGAAAGGAAAAAGAAGAGGAAAGGAAGAGGAGUCGGGAGAGAAAGAGAGGGUUAUAAAAGGUAUGUGUUUAAAGUACUAAAGCAAGUGCAUCCUGAGCUGAAGAUAUCAUCAAUGGCAAUGAGUAUUAUAAACAAUUUAAUGAAGGACAUGUUUGAAAGAAUUGUUUAUGAAGCAGCAAAGCUUUCAGAUUAUAUCCACCGAACGACACUGUCGUCCAGGGAAAUUCAGGAUGCAGUUAAAUUGGUUUUGCCUGGAGAACUUGGAAGACAUGCUAUUGCUGAAGGGUCUAAAGCUGUUACUAAUUAUAUGUCUUACAAGGAAAAAAGGUCUAAGGCGUGAUAAAUUAACAAUAUAUAUGUAUUUAUAAGACUAAUGGGUAGGUUUAAGUCUUGAAUUUUCUGGGUAGUUCUUAAUUUUGUCGUAUUUUUCUUACGAAUAUAGGUGUUUAUUUAACUUUGUAAUUAAACGUCGAAUAUGUUUGUAGUUUUGUACUUCAUAUGAAGGGGAAAUUUUUAUUUCUAUGCCUAUCUUUUAGUCGGCUUUCUCUUU